AUGUCAAGCGGGGAGAAGAAAGCCCGUGAGAGUGCUGGUGCUCGUCCAAGGCUGGAUCCGAAUCCCACGUGGGAUGACACCAAGAACCCAGAUGCAGUCACCCCAGAGCCCAAUAAGAACUGUCUUCAGGGCAACAGCGAAAGAUUCACAGCGAUCAUCACGGAGUCUUUCCAAACCUUGGAGCUGAAAUUUGAGGAUAUUCUAAAAAUCCAGGGCGAGCAUAGGCAGAAACUUUAUCAAGAAUAUUCUCUUCAGAUGAAGACUUUGAAAAGAAAGAUAUCCGAGGAUGCAGCUGAAGUCAAGAAACAUGCAAAAAAAAAAAAAAAAAAACUCACUGUGAGUAAUAUCUUCAAGGAGCAGCAAAAAUUUAUUCAUCAGUUUCUGGGUAUUCAGAAGAAGAGGAUGGAAGAAUUUAAAGAUCUGUGUGAACAGUAUUUGGAGAAACUUGUAAUACUGAGGGAUUCUCGGGGAGAUUCCCUCAUUGAAGAGCUGAGACGUCUAAUAGCCACCUUGAAAAUAAAACUUCUGAUGCUGAAUUGCCAGAAAGAGAAUGCUGCUGGUCAACUGUCUCUCCUGGAUCUGUUAUUCUCAUAA